UAGGACCACACCUUCCACAGGAGGAAGGUGGCAGCUGGUCCCAAGGCGGCAGCCACUGUGCCAGAGGCAAAAGCUAUGUCCACCACCACAUACCAAGUGGUGGGCUUCCUCCUGUCCAUCCUGGGCCUGGUGGGCUGCAUUGCUGCCACAGGGAUGGACACGUGGAGCACCCAAGACCUGUACGACAACCCGGUCACUUCUGUGUUCCAGUUUGAGGGGCUCUGGCAGAGCUGCGUGAGGCAGAGCUCAGGGUUCACCGAAUGCCGGCCCUACUUCACCAUUUUGGGCCUUCCAGCCAUGCUGCAGGCAGUGCGAGCCCUGAUGAUUGUGGGCAUCAUCCUGGGUGCUAUCGGCCUCCUGGUGUCCAUCUUUGCCCUCAAGUGCAUCCGCAUUGGCAACAUGGAGGACUCUGCCAAAGCCAAAAUGACACUGACCUCUGGAAUUAUGUUUAUUAUCUCAGGACUUUGUGCAAUCAGUGGAGUAUCUGUGUUUGCCAACAUGCUGGUUACCAACUUCUGGAUGUCUACAGCCAACAUGUACACCGGCCUGGGUGGGAUGGUACAGACUGUUCAAACCAGGUACACCUUUGGUUCGGCUCUGUUCGUGGGCUGGGUCGCUGGAGGCCUCACGCUCAUUGGGGGCGUGAUGAUGUGUAUCGCCUGUCGAGGCCUGGUGCCCGAAGACAGCAACUACAAAGCUGUGUCUUACCGUGCCUCAGGCCACAACGUUGGCUACAGGACGGACGGCUUCAAGGCUAGCACUGGCUUUGGGCCCAACACCAAAAACAAGAAGAUAUACGAUGGGGGUGCCCACACAGAGGAUGAGGGACAAUCUCAUCCUUCCAAGUAUGACUACGUGUAGCACUCUAAGACACCUCAGCAUGGGCGAAAGAAAACCCCAGUUAGAGCUCACCCAAAAAACAAGGACAUUUUACCUUGAUUCCUGAUUGCUUUUGACUCUCCGAUGAAGUUAGAAAAAACUUGAUUUCACCUGUGGUCAGGCCAGAUGGUCUUAGCCAAAUGUCCUGUCUGUAAAUGUCCCAUCACAAAACUGCUGAGUUAUCAGAUAUGCUUUAGACUGAGGCUAUAGCUCACAUUUUGCAAUCCUCUUUUUUGUUAAUAUAACCUUCCUAAUCUGAUGAUAGAAUGUGGUUUGAAUUCCUAUCAGACACUUGAAUGAUUUAGAUAGACUCUUCCUCCUCCUUCUAGCCAAUAGCCCAUUGAUUAUCUAUUUCUCAACUCAUCCCCCAGAACAAUUCUGAAAGGAAAAAAAGAGAGUCAGUCAAAGGACAUCAUUUCCUGCUAUUUGAUUUUUGCCUCCCCUCCCCCCAACUUGGCUACUAAUAAACACUGGCUGAAGAAGAGGUGAGGGGGGAAAUAAGUUUGUAAUGUCUCUAGCUCAUUGUCCGAAUUUUCUUCUGCUAUGAUCUUAAAUGUCACCUGGACGAAAGUGAUUUCAGUUUCAGUAAACCAAGCCUUUCUGUAUUUUUGCAUUGGU